AUGGCGAUUGUGUCUGGCUCCUGUGCCCGGGUGAACGGCUCCAGGAACGGGCCCUCUGUCUCCGCAGUGACUCCGUCCGGCUCCGUUGGCCAGUCCCAGCCCAUGAUAGCCGUGUGGGAGUGGCAGGACGACCAGGGCCACUGGCGGCCGUACAGCGGCCAAGUGAGCGCCCACAUCGAGCGAUGCCUGUCACCGCGGGGACACCGAGGCGGCGCGCCGGGCACCACCACCAUCUCCCUCGGACAGUCUGACCCCGGCCUGUCGCCAUAUCUUAUCGACGUGCCGAGCUUGAAACAGUUCAGACAGGACACAGGAAAAACAAGGUCAGUCCGACGCUCCCUGUUCGCCCAGUCCUCAGGUCUGGGCAGUGGCGUCUAUUGGGAAUGGGCCAACGAUGAAGGCGCGUGGACCCCCUACGAAACUCGCACCUCCAUCCUCCUGGAGCACAGCUACCAGGCCCGACAAGGCACGGCCGACCUGGGCCCGCAUGGCUACAACUACAUCGUGGAUCUCACCUCGCUCACUCAAGUGAACAAGUCGUCGGGUUUCAGGCGGCAGGUGCGGAGGCAGUGCAACCUGCCCUACCCGCUGGCCUCCUUCGGACCCCCGGCCAUCCCCUCGGGACCCGCGGCCGUCCCCUCGACCGGCUCCUCCUGCUCCUGCCAGCAGUGUCUGAACCACAGCGGCACAGGACCUAUGCCCAGCCGUACACGGCAUUCCUUCUCGUCGGGCAGCCUGAACCGACCCACACUUCAGGGACCCGGGAGGGCGAUGGCCGCUCACCCGACUUCAGUGUACUCGCCGUACCCCCGCCGCCCACUUUCCGUUGGGGGGAUGUCGUGGGGGACCCCAUGGCCUCCGCCACCCUCUGCUAGCCAUCUGGCCGCACCCCAUUUAGGCAGCUCUUCUAGUGCCAAUGGCUUAAGCGUUCCUUCCAUUCCUGUGCAGCUGAACGGAUCGACCAGCGUCAGCUCGGCCCUGGCAGGCAUGGCCUCCAUUUUGAUGUCAGCGGUCGGACUCGGCGUGCACUUCACCACUACCGCCCCCCUCCCGCAGCCUCCUCCGCCGCUACCACCGCCGCAUCAGCAUCUGCCGCUGCCAGCGCAACAGCACCCGCAGCAAUUCUCUCUCCCCCCUCUUCCUGUCCCCUUCCCCCCCGCCAGCAGGCCCAGCAAGCCCCCCAGCAGCAGCAGCAGCAGCAGUUCAGUUAGGAGAGCCAAGAGGCAGCACAGGAGAGCAUCCGCUCAGAGAGCCGAGGAGGUGAUCCGCCGCUACAUGGAGGUGGUGCCCGGCGUACCAGAUGAGGACUGCAUCAUCUGCAUGGACCAACUGUCCAAUCCAUCCGGCUACGAGACCCCAGCACCGACAGAGGAGGGCGGGCAGAGCAUCCCGCCGGCCGCCGUGGGCAAGUUCAUCAAGUGUGGACACACCCUGCACAUGCUCUGCAUGCUGGCCAUGUACAACAACGGGACCAAGGACGGCAGCCUGCAGUGCCCCUCUUGUAAGACCAUCUACGGCGAGAAGACGGGCACGCAGCCUUUGAAAGGCAAGAUGGAAAUUUACAGCAUCGCUCAGGCGCUACCAGGACACCGGGACUGUGGCACCAUUCAGAUCAUCUACAGCAUCCCGCCUGGAAUUCAGGGUCCGGAGCAUCCCAACCCCGGACAACCGUUUACGUGUCGAGGAUUCCCUCGGUUCUGCUUCCUGCCAGACAGCGACAAGGGCAGGAAGGUGCUGGAGCUGCUGAAGGUGGCGUGGAUGCGGCGCCUCAUCUUCACCGUCGGCACGUCGAGCACGACGGGGGAGCCCGACACGGUGGUGUGGAACGGAAUCCACCACAAGACCGAGAUGAUGUCCAACCUGUCUGGCCACGGCUACCCGGACCCCAACUACCUGGACAACGUUCUGUCUGAGCUGGCCUCUCAGGGCGUCACCGAGGACUGCCUGGGAAGCAGCAGUUAGUUCAACCCGCUUCCACUCCUCCGCCAUGAAGGCGAGCAUUACGGGGGGAGGAAAAAAAAAAACAGCCUUCUGGAAGAAGGCGGCGCCGGCUACAUUCCUGCUCAUAUUCCGGGAGAAGAUAACAGCUGAGUAAACAAUUUGCUUCUACUUUCCUUUUGUCCGUCACGGGCUUCAUUCUUAUCCCCCCCGCCCUCACUGACUCGGUCGCCAUGACGACAGCACGGGGGAUACAAAUCUCAUUAAGCACUUUAGUUGUGACAUCAAGCUGGCGUGCGUUCCGGUUUAGGGCAGUCUACUUAAAUUGGUUAUGCAAUUUAAAAAAAAAAAAAAAAAGCGUAGCAAAGCUAAGUCUUAACAAUACUUGAUGUGACGUCAUUCAAACGUAGGAAACAAAAGAAGUACUCUUAGUGUCUAACCUGGAUGCAGGGCUUUCAUGCACUCGUCUUCACGGAGACAAACCAUGCUGGGAUUUAAAGAAGAAAGGAAAGGUUAAGUUAGAUUCUACAUGGUGACAAUCAACUUCCUGUACUCACAUGAGUUUGUGUUACUCUGCUCUGUACGCCAACACUAACACUGAAAAGUCUGCAAUAAAAAAGCAUUCAUGGGGAAAAAAAAAAGGACCACUGCUUUGGUUUCAUUUCCUGGUGACAAGAGCAAAGAAGGCAUAGACCGUGCAAGGCAACACAUUUUUUUUUAUUGUUGAAAAGGCCUAACUGGCGUUAAGGUACAGCAUCUUUAAAUGGGGGUUAGUCGUCACAGAGUAACAUACCAUUCUUUCUUCGCAUUUGAUACAUUCUGCUUUUUUUUUUUCUUUCUUUUUUUUUUUGUCAACGACAUAUCAUACAUGUUAAUGUGGCGCUAACAUACAGAGGCUGUGUAUACUGAAGCAGCCUGUGUGGGCAGGUUCCAUACAGUGGAUAUAGGAAGCAAGCUGAGCAAAAAGAAAA